AUGGAGUACUUACAUGAAUCAUCUAUGCCUGCAAGCAAAUCUGAAUUACAAGUCUUUUCAAUCCCACCAACACAAACAGCAAUUGAAAGUAGUUAUGAAGUGGAGUACCGUCCUAAUGCAAGUCUCGAAUCUAGUAAUUUUUAUGAAAUUAAUGUUCCAGCAAGUGAAGAUUUUACAGAUUUGGCAUGUACAAUGCUUCAUAUUCAUCUUAGUGUUAAAACAGUUGCUGGUGCAAGUCCUGAUGGAUUUUCAUUAAUCAAAUAUGAUGCAGCUGAUACAGCUAAAUAUGAGAUCAAAUUUGAGAAAUUUUCUCUACACAUCAAACGUGUUAAAUUAUUCCCUGAAGCUCAAAAAAGUAUAAUUGCAGGUCUUGAAAAAGGCCCUGCAAAGUAUUUCAUAACAAGGAACGAUACUAGAGUUUUCUCAAUUCCUUCAGGUCAAUCAUCUGCUUCAAUCGAAAAUGUAUAUCAUGGUGUUUUACCGCGUAGAAUAUUAAUUGGUUUAGUUAAAGAUGCUGCUCAAGAGGAAAGCAUUUAUCUCGAUCCCUUUGAAUUUAAACAUUUCAAUACGAAUUUUAUUUCACUUAAUGUUGAUGGUAAUAUGAUUCCAUCAAUUCCGUACUCACCUAAUUUCAGUUCUAAUUAUUAUAUGAGAGAAUUUAUUAAUUUAUACCGAUUCUUUGGACAAGAUGAAGGUAUCCCACAACUUAAUAUCACAUAUGAUGAAUAUGGUAAAUCAUCUACUUUAUUUGCAUUUGAUCUCUCACCUGACGGAUCAAUUGGUGCUGAGAAUGGGACAUUAUCUCUGAUCAAAAGAGGUAAUAUAAGACUUGACAUCAAAUUCAGUGAUCGAUUGAAACAAUCACUUAAAGUUAUCGUUUUUGCUCAAUUCGAUAAUCUAAUUACAAUUGAUAAAGACCGUAACGUAAAUUUGGAUUAUUGA